GCGCGUCGCGUCGGUGAUCCCACCGGCGGGCUUCCCGGGCAGGCCGAGAAAACAAAUGAUAAAAACGGGAGAUGAGAGUACGGCGCCAACUUUAACGAGCCCCAACGCUGCAUCCUCUCCCGCCCCAAUACAAAAAGCCGCCCCAACCGCCGCACAGCGUUCACAAAGAAAUACCAUAGCACACUCGCCAUCCCAAGCUCAGCUCAGCUCGUUUCCCUCCUCCCGGCCCGCUCGGCAACCACGCUCCCGGCGCCAAGGGAGGCAGGGUUGUGGCUUCUGAGACGCGAGAAUGAGGGAGCAGGGGCGCCGGGGCGGCGUCAUCAGGUCGCUGCUCGGCGUCGCCAGGCUCGCGGAGGACGACGGCGCUGGCGCCGGGGAGGGCGGCUCGAAGAAGGAGGACGGCGGCGGCGCGGAGAGGAAGGCGGUGGUGCGGGUGGUGGCGGCCGACAUGCCGCCCGCGCUGCAGCGGCGCGCGUUCCGCUGCGCCCGCGACGAGCUCGCCGGGAUGCCGCACUUCCCGCGCCGCCUCGAGCCCAAGCGCCUCGCGCUCGCCCUCAAGAAGGAGUUCGACACCGCCUACGGGGCGGCUUGGCACUGCAUCGUGGGGACGAGCUUCGGUUCAUACGUCACUCACGCCAAGGGCGGGUUCUUGUACUUUUCUGUUGAUAAGGUCUACAUACUGCUCUUCAGGACGGCGGUGGAGCCCCCGCCCCAUUGACGACGGCCAGACAAAUUGUCGUUCACUAAUUGUAUGCACCUGUGUGGGAGCAUGAGGACGUCCCAGCUCCCAAAUGCAAACGGUUCGGCUGAGCAAGCCCUUGUAAUUAAAUUGCGUUGUUUCUUCGAUGACAAUGGAGACUCCAUUUUUGCGUCAUGUCUACGGUUCGAAACUCCGAAAAUUCGACGGCGUAAUGUGUUCCAGUUGAACGCGGUCUGAUCGUCGUGCUUUUCAGUGUGCGAGAGGUUUCCGAUGUUCUGUAGAUGUCCAAACAUGCGCAUAGUUUGGUGUAUAUUGAAGUGAUGCAAGCUUUCAGAAUGUACUAAACAGGAUUCCUGUUGUGCAAGGCAGGAAAUCACUGCAUCUCUUGAUUCCAGGCAUGCAUCCAAUGUGUAUUUCUUAUUGGAAAUAAAGCUAAAUGUUACAUGUUUCGAUA